GCUCUUCUCAACUCUUAUCAAUUAUUCGCAAAUAUUCUUUUACCGCUCAAGUACUCUGUAGCAUCUGUAAUAUCCCGUGUAUAUACACCAUUAAACCCAAACCCAGACAUAAAUACAGACACAAUGACUGACCACCACAAGACCAACAUCAUGACGCUGACGCGCUACAUGCUUGAACAGCAGCGCAAGCACCCCGAGGCCACUGGCGACCUGACCAUCGCUAUGAACGGCGUGCAGGUCGGAUGCAAGUUCGUCGAGUCUCAACCUGUCGGGCUCGCCGGCAACACCAACGUGCAGGGUGAGGACCAGAAGAAGCUGGACGUGCUGUCAAACGAGAUGUUUGUCAACGCGAUGAUGUCGUCGGGCAAGUUUGCGUUCAUGGUCUCCGAGGAGGUUGACGACAUUGUCGUGGUGCCAGAGGAGCUGCGCGGCAAGUACUGCAUCACCUUUGAUCCGCUUGACGGCAGCAGCAACAUCGACGCCGGUGUCAACGUUGGAACCAUUUUUGGCAUCUGGCGCCUGCCUUCCGGCCCCCAGGCUACGGUCGAUGAGAUCCUGGUUCCCGGCUCCGAGAUUGUCGCUGGCGGGUACUGCAUGUAUGGCUCCUCGUGCAACAUGGUGCUGACGUUCGGCAAUAACAGCGUCGAGGGCUUCACUCUGGACCCAGCACUUGGCGAGUUUAUCCUGACGCAUCCCAAUAUUCGCAUCCCUUCGAGAGGAAAGAUCUACUCGGUCAACGAAGGCAACUCGCUGUACUGGGACGACGCGACAAAGGCGUACUUUGACAGCUUGAAGUUCCCGUCGCCCGAGAGCGGGCUCAAGCCUUACUCAGCGCGCUAUAUUGGUUCGAUGGUUGCCGACGUCCACCGCACGCUGCUGUACGGCGGUGUCUUUGCCUACCCCAGCGACCGCAAGUCGCGCUCGGGCAAGCUGCGAUCUUGUACGAGUCGUUCCCCAUGGCCUUUAUUAUCGAGCAGGCCGCGCGUGCUCGACCUGGUACCCAAGCACAUCCACGACCGCUGCCCCAUUUUCUUGGGCGGCACCGACGACAUGGCUGACGUCGAGGCGGCAUUCGCCAACAACUCGAACUGGCUGAACGGCACCCAGAAGUGA